CUGCACACACGGACUGCACUGACACCCUCCUGUUUCCAGCUCCUGCUUUCAAAGUACAGAGGAGAAAUCCUGCUGCCAAGAAAAAGUGAUCUACAAAAUAGACUUGGAUGAGACUCAAGUGAGGCGUGAUCUUGUCAGUGCACUUCUUGUAGGUGGGCCCGCAGUCGCAGUUUUGCUUGCUUUCAGAAUCGGAGGCGCACUUGCUGGUGCAGUCGCAGCUGCACACGGAUGUACAAUCGGAGGUGGAUUUGGAUUGAUUGGCGCAGACAUGACCAUCAGUUGCAGUUUAACAGGCAUACUUGGAGGCGCAGUCGGAGGCAUAGUUGGAUGCAUACUGACACACACAGUGACAGAUUCUACCACGGUCGGAGGCGCAAUUGGAGGUGCAGUCGGAGGCAUAAUGACACUCGCAUUCACAGCUGCUGGUGCUAGCGUGGUCUGGGGCUUUAUCGGAUUCAUAAUCGGAGGGGCAGUCGGAGGCGCAGUCAGAGGCAUACUGACUCUCACAGUCACAGUUGCAGGUGCUUCUGUGGUCGGAGGUGCAAUCGGAUUCAUAUUUGGAAGUGCAGUCGGAGGCAUACUGACACUCACAGUCAUAGCUGCAAGUGCUGCUGCAGUCGGAGGUGCAAUCGGACACAGAUUCGGAGGCACAGUCGGAGGCGCAGUCGGAGGAGCAGUCGGAAAUGCAGUCGGAGGCGCAGUCGGACACUCAGUCAGAGGGGCAGUCGAAGGCGCAGUCAGAGGCAUACUGACACUCACAGUCACAGUUGCAUGUGCUGCUGUGGUCGGAGGUGCAAUCGGAUUCAUAUUUGGAAGCGCAGUCAGAGGCAUACUGGCACUCACAGUCACAGUUGCUGCUGCCAUCGGAGGCAUAAUCGCCUACAGAUAUGGAGGUGCAGUUGGAGGUGCAGUCGGAGGUGCAGUCGGAGGUGCAGUUGGAGACAUACUGACACUCACAUCUGCAGGUGCUUCUGCUGUCGGAGGAAGAGCAUUGGCACUCAGAGACCCAGGUGCAGUGGCACUCAGAGACACACUGAGAGACACGGAUGCAGUCAAAUUCUCAUUCAGACUUGUGUUAGGUGGAGUCACAUUCCUAGCUGCAGCAGCUUUGUUUCUUUACGUUAUCUUCAGUGAGGAUGAGCAGGAGGAGGAACUGAGAGAGAUGGAGGAGAGACGGAUGAAGUGGGCGAUGGAGAAUUGGCUCAGAGUGAUAGAGGAGAAACUGAAGAAAGAGAUGGAGGAGAAACUGACAAAGAUGAAGUGGUGGAGGAAGAUAGAGAUGAAGAGUAAACUUAGGAAAGAAAUUGAGGAGAAACUGAGUGAGAUCAAGAAGACACUGGAGGUGGAGAUAGAGAAGACACCGAGUGAGACAAAGGCAACAUGGAAGAAGAUGGAGAAGAAACUGAGGCAGCUGAAGGAGAAACGGAUGAGGAAGCUGGAGGAGGAACUGAAGAGUAUGGACCCUGAAGAGGCCUGCGUAAGAAUUGAGUUACUGAAGGGCUUUGUACAGAUGUAUGAAAAGGAGAAGCAGGAAAUUGAAGAACUCCUCAGAGAACUCAAUGGGAUUGCUGAUGGGCUGGACAAGGUGGACAGGGACUGUACCAUCGCUAAGACUGCAGGGAGCUCUGCUGGUGUAGUUGGGGGGGUCCUGACCAUUGUGGGGAUAGGCCUGGCUCCUGUUACUUUUGGAGCCUCCCUUGGACUGUCCAUUGCAGGGGCUGUGACUGCUGUAGCUGGUGGAGCCACCAAUGUUGGCACACAAAUAGUAAAGUGUGUAAGUGAUGGCAAAGAUAACAAUAGAGUAAAUGAAAUAGUGAAAAUAAUUCAAACUUAUCUCAGAGUACUUGGUGAAUUGUGCAACAUUGCACUCCCAGAAUGUAAUUGGAAUAAAGAGGACGCUGCUUUAACAGGCAUUGUUAAAACACGUCUUUCUGCUGUUGCUGCUGCUGCAGGCCUGGUUGAUGCUGCUGUUGUUGCUGCUGCAGGUGCUGUUAUUGAUGUUGCUGUAAGUCCUGAUGCUGUUGCUGAUGUUAUUGCUGGUGUUGCUGAUGGUGUAAACCUGAGUGGUGUUCCUGCUGCUGGUGCUUCUGCUGCUGGUACUUCUGCUGUUGGUGCUUCUGCUGGCCGUGUUGCUGCAGGCCUGGUUGAUGAUGUUGCUCCUGCGGUACUCAAAGGUGCAGGCAGAGUAGUCGGAGGUGUUGCUGCUGGAGUCUUUGUCGUUGUGGAUGCCGUGCAGAUUGGUUUAAAUGCCAAAAAACUUUAUGAUGGGAGUCCAACUGAAAGAGCACAAGAGAUUCGCAAGCUGGUGGAAACUGUAGAAUUACAACUAGCAAAACUGGAGGAGGUCAGUUCUGACAUAAACAACAUUUUGAACCCAUGAGUCAGCACAGGGCUAUGGAGGAAGGUGCAGCAGGAGGGAUUUUCCUGUCAGAUCUGCUACUGCUGCUGUAUCAACAGUGCAAAGAGCUAAGCCAAUAAAAAUAAAUACAAGUAAUGAAAUAAUACAUCUCUUCUGAAAUCACGAACCUCCAUGUCUUUUUUCUCCAGUUCUGGGUAUAAACUGAAUGUAUACUUUAUAUUUGACUCAUAGUAAAUAUAAUAUAGCUGUGAUUUAAAAGAAAUCAUUAUAAUGGAAUGUAUCAAACAUGGGGCUCAUGUAAUUGGGGACACCCUUGUCUGUCUGUCUCUGUCUGUCUAGCUCAGUGUUUCUCACUCUAAAUGUUGUUUAAUUAACAUAAAUUAUUAAUUACAUUUAAUUCCACUAGUUCCGAGAAUUACAGAAAAAUAAUUCAUAAAACAAAAAUAAUUAAACCCCAGUCACUGGUAUAAUCACCAUGUAGAUACAUACAUAAAAUGCUUACUAUUAUGGAAUAUUGCCGACAUAUCUUCUUUGCUUGGAUAGCAAUAGAGACAUGCGAAGUGGUUCCUUUGAAAUCGGUACCCAGUUCCUGCUUUGGAACCGACAAACUGGAUACAAAUAUCAGCGAUCUGGUUGUAGUGAGUACUAUUAUGUUUUUAGUAAAACUAUUUAUUAAAACAUUCAUUUCUGUCAAAUACAUUUGAUAACUACAAUUAUCAAUAGAAAAAAGGUCUGCAAAAAUAUUUAUUACAGCAAACAGGGGUUUUAAUGUUGUUGUUUUUUUUUUUUAAUUAUAUGUAUUUCCCUGGAGAAUAAUUCAGUCUCACUUUUACAUGAAGUGAUGAGAACGCUUUGGGUAAAGUGAAUCUUCUGCACCUCGAUGGAAUCAUUCGCAAGACAACCCGAAGCCGAACAUGACACAAUUUCGGCAAUCUAAAAAAUUAAUUUAACCCCAAGCUGAUGGGGUCGUAUUUUGGCUUGGGAUCCUAACAUACACUCACCUGUUUGCAUAAACCAUGUAGUUACAUUUUAUUAAAUUGUAAGCUGUGUGAAAUUUGCAAUUAACAAUGUUCAUAAACAAGCACACAAUGGCUUUCACUGUUGUAAUA